GAAGGCGGCGCCAUGGGCCCAACCCUCACCCGAAAACGGCCACUUGAACAUCCGUGAGACAAAGUACCAAGCCCUAGCUGCAGAGAGAAAAACGCAAGUAGCACCACGUGGCUGCUAACGGUAAUUUCUGCCGGAAUUGGAAAAUGCAACCAGAGCGAGUCCGGCUGGCCUCUGGGAGUUGUGUGUGCACUGUUACGCAACGCGCUCCGUUUCUCAGUGUGGAGCAACCCGGGGGAAAGCGCUGCAAAGCUCGGUGCGGGGUUUGCACAUCUCCCCCGGGGCCAGGGGCUUUCUCCACCGGCGCGCCGUGCCCGUGGGGCGCACGGACUGGCCAGCCGCCUGACAGAGAACUGGGCCAAGGCGGCACCGCGGGACCCAAGCUCACCCUGAAAUGGCCGGUGUAGAGCCCCUGAUACAAAGAACCAGUCGGAGAGAGAAAACCGACUGGUCUGGCAGCCUUAUUAUUGCCUCUUUAGCUGGAGCUUUUGGGUCUUCAUUUCUCUAUGGUUACAAUCUCUCUGUAGUGAAUGCACCAACAGUGUAUAUCAAGAGGUUUUACAAUGAAAGUUGGGAAAGAAGAUACGGCCACAUAAUAGAUGAAGGAACUCUUACGCUCCUCUGGUCUGUAACGGUGUCUAUUUUCUCCAUUGGUGGACUGGUGGGUGCAAUAAUUACCACACCAAUUGUGAAGUUCUUUGGCCGAAAACAUACAUUGCUGAUCAAUAAUGUAUUUGCAAUUGUGGCUGCGUUGUUGAUGGCUCUCUGUCAGUUAGCAGGGUCAUUUGAAAUGCUCUUAUUGGGCCGCAUUGUGAUGGGUAUUGAUGCAGGUGUCUCUCUCAGUGCCCUUCCCAUCUAUUUGAGUGAAAUCUCACCUAAGGAGAUCCGGGGUGCUCUGGGACAGGUCACAGCAAUCUUCAUCUGUAUUGGUGUUUUCAGUGCUCAGGUUUUGGGGCUACCAGAAAUAUUUGGAAAUGAAUCUCGUUGGCCCUACUUAUUUGGAGUGAUUGUUGUUCCUUCACUGAUCCAAGUUGGGAUUUUGCCCUUCCUCCCUGAAAGUCCUCACUACCUCCUACUUGAAAAGAAUGACAAAAGUGGAGCAGAAAAAGCAUUCCAGACCUUCUUUGGGAAAGAUGAUGUCUCUCAUGAAUUAAAAGAGAGUGAAGCACAGAGAAAUGUUAAAUUAGAGUCUGUCCUUCAACUUCUGAGAAACCGCUCUGUGCGCUGGCAGAUCAUUACUGUAAUCAUCACCAUGGCCUGCUACCAGCUAUGUGGGCUAAAUGCUAUCUGGUACUACACAAACAGCAUCUUCAGUGAAGCUGGGAUAAGUCAUAAACUGAUCCCUUAUGUUACCUUGAGCACCAGCACUGUUGAGAUUUUGUCUGCUGUUUCUUCCGGCUUAGCUGUUGAACGGCUUGGACGUAGACCUCUGCUUAUUGGAGGUUUUGGUUUGAUGGUCAUCUUCUUUGCAAUACUUACAGUAUCCCUGACUUUUCAGAAUCAUGCAUACUGGCUCCCCUAUCUCAGUAUAUUUUGCAUUCUUGCAAUAAUUGCAUCAUUUUGCAUUGGCCCAGGUGGAAUUCCAUUCAUCUUGACUGGAGAGUUUUUUCAGCAGUCUCAAAAGCCUGCCGCAUUUAUGAUAGCUGGAACAGUCAACUGGGUCUCCAAUUUCUCAGUGGGACUUCUUUUCCCUUUUAUUCAGGCUGGACUACAGACAUUUUGUUUCCUGGUGUUUGCUGUCGUCUGCCUUGCUGGAGCUACUUACCUGUUUUUUGUCCUACCCGAAACAAAAAAUAAGACCAUUAAUGAAAUCAGCCAGGCAUUUGCCAAAAGGAAUAAAGUGACUUUAGAAGGGUGGGAGAUGAGCCAGUUUCCAUCAGAAAGGAAAUCAAGUGAAGAACAAGAACAUAACUUCUCUUCGACGCUGGAGAAUGGUGAAACUAAAAACAAUAUACUCUAAGAAUUCAGUGUUCUUUGUGUGGGGGAAAAAAACCCACAUGCUCUGCUGGUUUGCAAAGCAUGUGAUAAUUCUAGCAGUUCUGUAUUUGUGUUAUUAAUACCCCUGUGUAUGUGGUUGUGUUUUGUUUUGUUUUUUAAUUGAAGGGAAUAUGGGCAUAGGGUAAAUCAGUGGCAGCUGGGAAGGUUCUGGAGGGAAGCUGAUAUAUGAGGGACAGACAUCUGGUGGGAACAAGACCCAGAGUUUCCAGGAAACCUGUGGAAAGGAUCAUCAGGUGGAUGGAGUGGGAUGGGAUUAGGACUAAGAGGGAAACUGGAUUAGCAAUGGGAACUGGGUGGAGGGAUCCUGAGCAAGGACUGGCUGAUCAGCAUGCAGCUAAAAGCAGCAGCUGCAUGCCAGCUUGCAUGGGUGGACCUAUAUGCUAGUGGCAGAGAUUGAGUGCGAGUCAGUCAAUGUGAAGAGAAGGAGAGACAAGUUUAUUUCUUAGCUUUUCCCAAUAUGCUAUUAAAAUUGCACUUCAAAAUGAAAGGGGCACUCAUGGUAUCUUUUCCAUCUUCGUUUUUAAUUUUAGCUGCGGUUCCUCAUCAGACCCUCUCUCGCUCCCACUGUCUCAAGAAGAUGGAAACUGCCAUUUGUUUUCAUAAUUACUGACGUGCUUUCUCCCUCCAUCCCACAAAUACCGGCAAGAGCGCUGGAUUGCUCGCACUGUGUUUCUAUUGUUUAAAGCAAAUAACAGUGAAGCAGUUGUUCUGAAAACAAAAACUCCACCUAUUCUGAAUUCAUAUUCUGAAUAGUGGGCUCUGGGGAGAUAGUACAGUAGAAGAAAAAACAAACAUUGAGCUGUCCAGACUUCAAGAAUAGUAACAUUUUUUUAAAAGCACAAGUUCUAUUUUCAAAAGUGAUUUAGGAGCCAGAGUCUCACUGAAGGCUUAUGGGACUAAUGCUCUGAAGUGCCUAAGUCAGUUUUGAAAAUAGGGCUUAGGCUCCUAAGUCUUUUAGGUGCUUUUAAAAAUGUUACCCAAUGUCCAUUUAAUUUCAUGAUAGAAAAACAGCAGGGAUUUGUGAUGUUUACUCUUCCUGAGUCUUAGUGUUUUUUAGGCAAGUAAUGGUUCACUCUUUUUUAAAAUAUUUUUCAAUUGUUUUCCUUUAAUUCCUUAAGUACCUAGGUACUACAGGUAUAAGCACUUUCUAAAUAAAAUAAUAAAUCCCAUCAUUUUAUAUAAAAUAAAUCCAAAGUACUUAGCAGUACUGGGGAUAAGUCCCCAAUGAGUAUGUGCAAUCUUUUAGGGUGAGCCAUGUUUACCUAUGGGCUAUUUUGCACAAUGCUAAAAGUGUAAAUUUGACAUAUAUAUUUUAUUUUUAAAAAUUGUUCUCAGAUGUUUGCUUUGGUUUUUUCAGGUUUUAACCUAAUAUGUUUUUUAACCAUAACCUAAAAUAAGUUGUUGCCAAAUAAUCUAUACCGUAUGCAGUGUUGUUUUAGUCAUUUUGGAUCCAGGAUAUGAGAGAGAGAAGGUGAGUGAGGUAAUGGCUUUUAUUAGACCAACUUCUGUUGCGAGGAGAGAGAAACGACCUUUCCAAUUUACACAGAGCUUGUCUUCAGGUCUGGGAAAUGUACUCAGAGGGUACUUCAGUUGGUCCAUGGUAGCUGACUUGGGCUCAGGCUAUGGGGCUGGUUAAUUGCAAUGUAGAUGUUUGGGCUCAGGCUGGAGCCUGGUCUCUAGGGCCCCGUGAAGUGAGAGAGUCCCAGAGCUCAAACUGCAGCCCGAGCUCAAACAUCUACAAUCGCAAUUAAAACAGCCUCUUAGUCCAAGCCCCAUGAGCCGGAGUCACACACCAGCUGCACGUGUAUGAUUGCAAUGUAGACAUAAAAUACAAGGUGUAACAGAUUGUUUAGAAUAAGUAGUUAACAUAUAUUUCAAGGGAUUAUUCAAGGUGAGGUGGCCAGUUACCACCUGUCCAGUUAUAGGAGAAGGAAAGAAGGGGUAGGGGGGAGGAAGCAAUAAUCUAUAUAGUCUUCCCUCAGUUCCUCUUCCCCACCUCCACCCCCCCAUGACUGAAGACAUGUUAACUGGAUACUUCAUCUUGGAUGAUUCCUUGAAAUAUGUGGUAACUACUUAUGCUAAACAAU